AUGCCCUUUGACCCUCUUAUCAGGCACCUACUUGCUGGCAAGAUACUAAAGCAUAGAAUCAUUAGGGCCAACAAGUGCCCUUUGUUUCUACUGUUGGCACCAUUUAUUAGUGACGAGCAUGGAAUAGAUGAACCGGUUAUUGAAGUAGGUUUGCGGUGCCAAGUCUCGCUCUCAGAGUGCAACAAACAGAGGGCCACACUGUCCAAACAUAAAACUUCUGUACGCGAUUAUCCAUGUCUAAAAGCUGGAGUCCUGUUUGCUCCACAUGGUUCUUCAGAGGACACGUUGCUUGCGGAUAAGUUUCCUGCAAUAGCAGCAAUCUACAGUGAGGAGCAACUUUUUUUGCAUACUGUCUUUACCUUGGGACAACUUGAGGACAUCAUGCUACCAAAAGCUAUAGAUUACUUCUACCAGAAUGAGGAAGCGGCAGUCUACCAAAUGCUUUGGAGGUCUAAGCAUGGCACUGCAUACAUUCAGGUUCAGAGAGCAAGCAUCUUCAUGCCAAGCACACAGCAAACACUUCAUGUAGCUAAGAGAAGGAAGCUCUUGCCAGGACAGGAUGAGGAGUUUGAGUGUCUGACAUAUUGGAUCUCUCACUUCCUUAACUUAUGGGCAGCACAUGAACCCAUCCAACUGCAAGGCUCGAUCAUGGACUGGUAUGAGGAAGUAAAGGAAAAACAAAAGCAGCACAUCACUGCCACCUGA